GGCUGGUCUCACACAAGGACACACAGCAGAAGAGCUGUGGUGGUCACAGCUGCAGCCUCCCCCUCCCCCCCGCACGGGCUCCCAACCACUUGGGAGAUUCGGGUGGCCGAAGGCACCCCUGACAUGCCCCUGUGUGUCUUCCCCUCCAGGCAGGACGGGCCACACUUCAGCUGUCUGUACCCAGAUGGCGUCUUCUACGACCUGGACAGCUGCAAGCACCCCAGCUACCCUGACUCAGAGGGGGCUUCUGACUCCCUGUGGGGCUGGGACCUCAGUCCAGCUGUCCCAGCCACCUCGUACGAAGCCUUCAACCCAGCUGUGGCCAACUUCGGCCACCCCCAGGGAGUCCAGCUCUGUUACGGACCCUCGACCUACAGCCCCAUGGGGAGCCUCGACCCGGCCCCCAGCCUAGAGGCCCCAGGGCCCAGCUUCCCAGCGUACCCCACGGAGGAAUUCACCAGCCAGACCGUGGGCCCCCCGGCAUAUGCCCCCUACCCCAGCCCUGUGCUGUCGGAGGAGGAGGAUCUCCUGCUGGACAGUCCCACCCUGGAGGUUUCAGACAGCGAGUCGGACGAGGCCCUCAUGGCUGGCCCCGAGGGGAGGGGAUCUGAGGCAGGGGCCCGCAAGAAGCUCCGCCUGUACCAGUUCCUGCUGGGGCUCCUGACGCGCGGAGACAUGCGCCACUGCGUGUGGUGGGUGGAGCCGGGCGCCGGGGUCUUCCAAUUCUCCUCCAAGCACAAGGAGCUCCUGGCGCGCCGCUGGGGCCAGCAGAAGGGCAACCGCAAGCGCAUGACCUACCAGAAGCUGGCGCGCGCCCUACGCAACUACGCCAAGACCGGCGAGAUCCGCAAGGUCAAGCGCAAGCUCACCUACCAGUUUGACAGUGCGCUGCUGCCGGCCGCCCGCCGGGCCUGAGCCCAGUGGGGGCUGUCAGGGGCUCCACGCCUGUGUCGCGUUGGCGUCCCCACACCCUAGGUCACGGCACCUGUGGAUUCCCCACACUGGGGGGAGGGGGGCUGCUAUAAUCCCCAAGCCCUGCCCAGGGCCCCUCUGGGACACCACCCCUCCCCCAUCGUGUCUGGGGCCCCUCUGGGAUUUCCUUGUCAUGUCUAGGAUCCCCAGGAUCCUCAUGUCUGGGUUAUGCGACACAUAGAGGACCAUACUGUGUGUCUGUGUGGAGGGGAGGGGCAGGACAGUGCUUCCAGAUUCCCAAGAGCUUCUCUGGGAUCCCCUUGUGGUGUCUGAGAUCCUCCAACCAAGCCUGGGACCCCUCUGAGCUCCCUUGUGUGUCUGAGAUCCCUUAAUCUCAUCUGGGAAGGGAGAGCCCAUGGAUGGUCACACAGGGAGGGGGGUGCCUUGUCCAGGGUCUCUCUGGGAUCCCUUUCUCAUGCCUGAGUCCCUCUUGUCAGAUCUGAGAUCUCCUACUUAGGUCUGGGGGCCUUGCGGAAACCCUUCAUCAAGUCUCAGAUCUCUAUGCCCAUCUGUGACUCUCUUGUCCUACCAGUCCCCCUAAAUGAUGACCUUUGUCAUCUUGCAAUCUCCUAAUUCUCUGGAA